GAUCAGCUGUUCUAAAUGAUUUGACAUUUUGAUUUGAUUUAGUGUGACCACACUACAUUUUUAUUUUCGAAGAGACUUAUUUUUAAUUCAGAGUUUGUCACAGAUUAACAGUUUCUGAAUUGAAAAAUAAAAUAAAGUUAAUAAAGUGAUAAAGGAAAACAUUCAAGACAUGAAAUUAAACAUUUUUUCAACUAACGUAACCAUUUUGGUUUGAAUUUUCAUGUUGUGUUUAUACCGUUUAAUAUGUUAUGUAUAAUCGUCACACAUGGUCACACUUUCAAUUGAAAUGAAAACAAUCAAAGUUUAUAAACUUCAAAUCGAUGUAGUUUUUCUUAUUUUCGAGAAAGUAAACAAUGGCAGUAGUUUUGUUGCUAAAUUCUAAUGGCGAAGAACGAGAUCAUGUUCUUAGAAGAAGGAUUAUGGACGCAUCAAAUCCGUUUGAGUUGGACGAUUUAAAAUUUGUAAGUAACUUUCGCCUCAAUAAACGGGCAUUUAAAUAUGUCUUGGAUGAGCUUUCCAUCGAGAUACAGGGGGGAACUUCUUUGUCCAUACCGCCCAUUUUAAUGCUAGCUUCAACCUUGCGCUUUUUUGCCGAAGGAGGCUACCAAUUUGGAGUCGGAAAAGAUGCGACACUUAAGAUGUCCCAAUCAUCGGUAUCCAAGUGCAUAAAAAUUGUUUUAAAUAAACUGGAAGUCAAACUUGGCACAAAAUGGAUUAACUUUAAAUUAAACCACGAGGAAAAGGAAGAAAUGAGACUACAUUUCUUCGAAAAAUUUGGCUUUCCGGGAGUAAUAGGAUGCGUUGAUGGAACGCACAUUGCCAUCAAAUCUCCUGCAUUGGAACUGAGACACUUAUUUUACAAUAGAAAAGGAUUCCACAGUUUGAACGUUAUGAUAAUCUGUGACCAUAAAAUGAGAAUAAGGUUUGUGGAUGCCACUCACCCUGGUGCAACGCAUGAUGCCUUAGCUUGGAAGGUAUCUGCAGCUCGCUCACAUCUACUGCAACAAUAUACCGGAACAGAACUAAGAAACAACUGGCUCUUAGGUGACGCAGGGUAUCCACUAGAACCUUGGUUAAUGACACCAUUCCGAUCUCCGGUUCCAGGAAGCAUUGAAAGCAAGUAUAAUAUUCAGCUUUCCAAGGCACGAAACAUCAACGAACGGACAAUUGGCUUGCUGAAAAAUAGAUUCAGAUGCUGUCUUAAGGCCAGACAGUUGCAUUAUUCUGCAGAGAAAGCUGCUCAAAUCGUAAAUGUCUGCGCAGCCUUGCACAACAUUUGCAUUUUUUUUAAAGUUCAAGAUUGCGAAAAUAUUGAUGUUGAAGAUCGCAACGAAAGCCUUUUAAUGGAUUUUGAUGCUGAUGAGAAUGAGAAUACACAUUUAAACGAAGCUCAAAACGCUCGUGACAGAAUCGCUGCAUUGUUUUAAUCAAUUAUCCAGCAUUUUUGUAACAGACAAUUUUAAAUUUAUUUUAAGUUUUUAUUUAAUUUAAAAAACAAACAAAAAAAAACAUUACUAAAACAAAACAUUCUUUCAUAAAACAAUAAAUAAAAUUAAAUCACUAAUAACAGCCAUAUGUAUGUAGGUACUUCUUCAUUUUGUGUGAUUUUCAAAAAAAAAAACUAUGCAUCGACGAGUUUUUCGGUGAGUUU